ACAGUCGCUGUCGGCUGACAUUUAAUCCGUUGGCCUGAGUCGCGCAUUGUUUGCCGGACUCGACGCUCGUGCUUAUAAAACAAAUCUCAGUUAGGCAAACAUAAUUUAUAUUUAAUAAAAGAGCAACAAAAAGUGUUAAGCAUGUGUUAAAGCUAUGUUUACAUAUCGAAUGCCCUAAUGUUCGUGAUAGAGGUGUAAAUUAAUUGAAAAUAGUGCGCUCGUAAAAAGGUGCUAAAAAUAUUUAAUCCCAGCAAGCAUAAUCUAUUAUAAAGAUGCGUUUCAAUUUUAGCAGCCACACGGCUGCAACAACAACAACAUCGAGCACAACAACGUCCAGCCACAAGCCACUGAAGCGACCACUGACCAUCGAGGAGGAUCCGGAUUCGCUGGACAGUGUCAUCAGCAAUCCGCAAUCGUAUCCCAUUACCAUAGUGCCCAAUCGUCCGGCCAGCUUCUAUGGCCUCUCCAGCAAUGGCAAACCGUUUCAGCGCCAGCAGAGCUGCAGAUCUCGCAACUUUCGGCCUGGCAGCAUGCGACGCGUGCGUCGUCGUGCGGUUUUCAAGAAUGGCGACUGCAAUGUGGUGCAAAAGCAUUUGCAGCGUCGCCGUGUGCGCUUCCUGCAGGACAUGUAUACCACCAUGGUGGACUGGCAAUGGCGUUGGACGCUGCUCGCCUUUGCCUUGAGCUUUAUCUUGUCGUGGCUCUUCUUUGCGCUCAUCUGGUGGCUCAUUAUGUACACACACGGCGAUCUCGAGGAGCGACAUUUGCCGGCUAAUCAAGAGGAUUCGGGCUGGUCACCUUGCGUUUCAGCUAUUGAUGGCUUCACCUCGUGCUUUCUGUUCUCGAUUGAGACGCAGCAUACCAUCGGCUAUGGCGUGCGCACCACCUCGCCCGAGUGCCCCGAGGCCAUAUUCAUGAUGUGCUUCCAGUCCAUCUUUGGCGUCAUGUCCUCGGCGUUCAUGGCUGGCAUAGUGUUUGCCAAAAUGACGCGCGCCAAGCAGCGCGCCCAGACACUGCUCUUCUCCAAGCAUGCGGUCAUCUGCCAGCGCGAUGGGUAUCUGUCGCUCAUGUUCCGAGUGGGCGAUAUGCGCAAGUCGCACAUCAUUGGCGCCGCAGUGCGUGCGCAGCUAAUUCGCACGCGCAGCACCAAGGAGGGUGAGGUGAUGACGCAGCACUUUACGGAGCUGCAGAUUGGCACGGACGAGUCGGGCGCCGACUUGUUCUUCAUCUGGCCCAUGGUCAUUGAGCAUAAGAUCGAUGAAAGCUCGCCGCUUUAUAAUAUGAAUGCCACGGAUAUGCUGCAGGACAAGUUCGAGAUUGUUGUCAUACUCGAGGGCACGGUGGAGUCCACGGGUCAGUCGACGCAGGCACGUUCCAGUUACAUUAAUACUGAGAUACUGUGGGGCCAUCGCUUCGAUCCUGUGGUGCUGUACAACAAGGAUCUGCAGGCCUAUGAGAUUGACUAUGCGCGCUUCAAUGAGACAACUCAAGUGGACACGCCGCUCUGCAGCGCUCGCGAGCUCAACGAGCUGUACAAGAUCCAGGAGGGCUUCCGCACGCCGGAAACAACCUUCACCAUGCGACAGCUAUCGCAGAAUCAUUCCGAUCAGGCCUCAUAAGCUUUUGUGUUGUCCAACGUAUUGUUUUCCUAUUUGUUGCAAUUAGUUUGUAGUUUUUGUUGUUGCCCCGCCCCCACCCACACACAAGUUUGUCGCACUCUCGACCAGCCUUACUACCAAGUAAGUUGGCGCUGAGCUCAGCUGCACUUUACUAACGCUUCACUUACAGCUCCCUCCACCAGCUCGACGCACUCCAGCUCCGGCUACAACUCCUCCUCCUGCUGCAGCAGCCCACAAUAUCAGCAACACCAGCUGCAGCCGC